GCGCCAGCAACCGAAUGAUACUCUGACAGGAAUCUGCUUCAGCUGCGCCAACAGGUUCCAAAUUCAGGAACAAGAUUAAUUACCGCAUUCCAAGAUCACUUCUUUGCAAAGCCACCUCAAAAGAGGCGUUACGAAACAUCUGCCGCCAAAUUCAGGGUCUAAAGAUCUCUGGAGCUGAGCCACAGCCAUUCAACGCGGCCUCGUGAACUAGGGUCCUGGUAGUUCAAGUGUAUCACCCUUCGACUUCACCCGUUCAUUCACCUGAGCUCCGCCUACAUCCAGACAACAACGACAAGUCCCUCGUGGACCUGAAACGCCACCCGAUACAAACGAUACCGAAGACAGCCUUCAUGCAUUUCCACAAACUAUUCGAUUGUUGAUACCCGAACCCUUCAAGAGUACAAGUUCAUUUCUUGAGGUUGCGUGAACCUAAUUACCAGUGGAUCGGGGCCCUUUCAUCACGAUGGGUACACCCCGAGACUACUAUGCAGACUUAGAGCUGCCGCCGACGGCAGACGCUGCGGAAAUUCGAAAACAAUAUCGGAAACUUGCUCUCAAAUAUCAUCCAGAUCGUAAUCCUGGACGAGAGGCAGAAGUGAACACACAGUUCCAGAUCAUUCAAACGGCGCACGAAAUUCUUUCCGACCCUGAACAGAAGGCCAAGCACGAUGCUUUGCGAGGGCGUGGUAGAUUUCCAGGUGCUUCGGGUGUUAAGGGCAACCCGUGGUCAAAUGUCAGCGCCCAGUAUCCGCCCCCUCCUCGACGCAACAAUGCAAAUCCUCGAGCUCCGCCAUCGGGCGCACAAAGAUGGCAACGCUUUUCUACGGGAGUUCCUCCAACUGCAAAGCAGUAUACAGCAUCAGAUGCCGAAUCGAAGAAGAAUGCUGCCCGAGCAUUUGAAAACAUGCGAAAGGGUGCAUCUGCCAAAGCGAACGACCAACCACGACCUCCCCCUCCCCCUCCGCCACCACGGACUGAAUCUGCCAGACAACGUCAAGAAGCCUCAUUUGGUGCACGAAAGACAGGCUUCCAUCCUCGGACAGCAGGGGGCGAUGAGCCACCCGUAUCAAGUAGCAACUACAGCUCGAGACCUGCUUCGGAACGAUAUGCACAGCGAUUUGGCUCUGACAUUCCACAACAAGAACCACCUCCUAUUCCCCAACGGCCGCCUCCAACUGCGAUGCCUGAUCCGUUAAGCCAAUUUAGAGACCAAGACAGCACAGUCGACCCCCGACAAAGCACUCCUUAUGCGUCGUCAAACGGAGGCGAAAAGACUAACCCAUUCGAUGGCAUCUCAAUAACCCGGGCUAAGAGUACUCGGGAAGCCACUCGCCAAGGCCAAUCUGCCUCUAAAAAGGAACCUUUCAUUUUCGCCAGCCGACAACGCAGCGCCAGUACACCGAAGGGUGGAAAGGCUCAGGACGUUCCUUUGAAUGAUGAGGCUCCUGAACAACCUUCGAUACCUCGGGACCCGGCAGACCGCCCUAAGGCGCCGUUGAAGAAAACUCGCAGUGGCUUCAAGAGUGUUCCGCUGGGACCUAGCCAGCAGGCCACCGAGUUUCCCGCAAAUGAUAAGCCAAUUGAUUCACCUGGUGGCCCAACAAUCUUUAGUUUCCCUGUCAAUGAUGACACUUUCUCACGGACAUCACCUGACCACCAUCGGUUCUCCCGACGAAGUACUGACAAUAUUAACACUAGUUUCGCUGACGAAGAAGAUGCUGCUGCAUGGGAGUUCAAUGCUGGUGGAGCUGAACAGGGCAGCCCAAGUAGGCCCCGAAAGCCAGGCCGCCAAUCCCCUGGCAUGCGUCCCCCAAUGAGCGGCAAGAGUACACCAAGUUUCAUGUCUGAUGCUGAGAAAUCCGACUCUGCUAAGCCCGAGUCGGCCUUUAACCCUGCAGGUUGGGACUUUGGUCCUCAAACAUUUGUUCCUCAGCCCUCAAAGUCUGUAUCUCCCACGCGGUCUACACGAGCAACCUCACGAAAGCCGAAGGCGGCCAAGACAACAAGCUAUGUCAAUCUUGUGGACGACAGCAGCAGCGAAGAUGAGGUAUUGGAAUGGCGUGGCCGAAAGGUGCAAGAAGGACCACCUGCUGCUGAGAGUCCCCAGGCUAUGGACAUAGAUACUCCUCCUGCGCCGUCUUCCAUGCCGCCACCUCGACCCCCCAAGGUACCUUCGCCCCAGCCAGUUCAGACUACGCCUUCACCACAGCCUGCCCAGCCUGUGAACCAACCUCAGCAACCCGUUGGAACAAACCAGGCUCCGGGAGCGGUACCUGCUCCGCAUGCUGCCCGAAACAUCCACGUCGAACCCACCAGACCCGAGUGGCGACCUGGCAAUGUUGACACUGUCAAUGGUAACGAGCACAGACCUGAGAGUCCCGUAAAGGCAUUCAAUCCGAACAACAUGGGAUCUGAAGAUAGCGAAGAGUUCCAAGCAAGCUUGGCAGACCUCAGAAAUGUAGCACCAUUCACUCAACAGAGUUCCGGCUUGAAGUCUUUCUCUGACCUGAAGGACAAUUUACCCUUUGAAAGCAAAGCAGCGCCUCAGAUUCCAAUGAAGCUACCCAAGGUCCACCCAUUGAUCUUUCCGACAGCACCUACUGCUCCCCAAAUCCCAGCUGCGGCUACUGUCAACGGCGUUAAGCCGAGCGCGCUCACUUGGGAGACAUAUGUCAAAGACUUUGAGCAAUACUUGAAGCAAUGGGACACGUUCAACGCCCAAGUCGUCGACCAUUUUGCCACCCGAAAGUCGCACAUCACUCGUACCCGGGAAGAAAAGGGGUAUUCAUUCUUGGAGAACCGGGGUGAUGCUGACAUUCAGGAGUAUUACAACUGGCUCGAACAGGAUAUGGAUGUUCGUCGACGCUGGGCAGCUGCAUGUGAGGAGCAUGAGCACCGAUUCCGAGAAUUCAUGGCGUUUCGAAUUAAGAUGAAGUAAUUGAUUGGUUUUGCUUUGCGGAGUUGACAGUUUAUGGAUUGGGUCGAAUUUCGUCUGAAUGUCUUUUUUCAAUCGUCAACAUGGGAUACCAAGAAGACUAACUACUUAGCUGUCGAUCACUGGAGAGGAUAUCACAUAUAGCAACGCGAUACAGAGUGAUUUUUCGGGGUUUCUACAGGAGUCCACAAGAUGACGAGGAUAGCAGGUUCUGGAUCUGGGAGGCAACAGGCGCGAUGUAAGCAUAUGGUGCGUGGAGCUGGCAGUUAUGUUACAUUGCAUUGCAUUGCGAUGUGUUACGUUUGAUAGUGGUUUUUGUCGUUGAUUACUAGGCAGUGGCAACUGGGCGAUUUGCAUCAAGGGCGUUCUCGCUACAGACGAGACCGGAGCUUCACGGGCAUCAGCGAUUUGGUCUUUGGAGAUGGGAAUCCUAGGACGUGUAUAUGCUGGCACGAGUUAACCAUAGAAAUAGACGAGAUGAUACCUCUCAAGGCUUUGGCAGUGUCUGGCACUGGCAGAUUCACCGCGGCAGUGCACUUGCCCCUG